AUCCCUUAAUUAGCCAUGCAGAGCAGUGAAGGAGGAUGCGAGCGGCUGAUCAAUAACCAAGAGAGCUGGCAGGAUAACAGACAACCAAACAACAGAGAACAGCUGUGGUGGGCUUGGAAGAGCAACAGUCAGAUAUUCAGCAUGCGCGCUCUGGUGGUUUUGCCUCUGCUUUUGUGCGCAGUGGUGUGUGUCGAUCAGGUGAGAGCGCAUGUGACGGCAAUGAAGCUGUGCGGUAAGCAGUUAAUCAAUGCCAUCUCCUACACCUGUGGAGCGUCCCGCUGGAGGAGGUUCUUCAGCGAGCCAGACGUGGAUGGGGAGCAGAGCAGCUUGGAGAAGUUCAGCAGUCUGAGCUCAGAGAUGACCAAACGGGAUAAUAACAUCUUCCUGGCCAACAUGUGCUGUCAGGUGGGCUGCGGGAAGACCGACCUCGCCCACUUCUGCUGAGGACAAUCCUCUCACUUUUUGUUGUUGUUGUUAAAGUGACCAAAAUGACUGUUUUCCCUACCAAUCUCACCCUGCUAAGAACCAAAUCUGACUCACGUGGCGAACUGUUCUGAUCUCUGUGCAACUGUUAAACUUUGUGGAAGUGAAUCUGGAUGAGCAUCUCUGAACAUGUUCCUGAACCCGAGCUGUACAUGUGCAACCAUAAAUAAAUGUUUAAAAAUAACACAAAAUCAGAAGCUUUUUAUUUACGGUGCAUGACUGUUAAAAAGUGAGGUUUCUGGCUCUAAUUCAGUUGUCUUUCUUGCAACCUUCACCUGUAUUUGGUCAUUUUUUGCUAAUUUUGUCAAAUAAAUAUUCUAUUAUAACACCGGGA